AAUGUUGGCACAUCUAAAAGCCAGGAUUGAAAUUCGAAUGGAUUUUGAAGAUUUUAAAUUGUGGUUAUUUUUCUAAUAAUUGAUUUGUUUUGUAUAUGAAGUGAUUAGGUGAACUGAAUUCACCUUUAUUUAAAAAAUGGACGAAGUCCUGAUGCAAAUAGAUGAACCACCAGAACUAGAAAAUUGUGCAGAAAAAUCUGAAAAUCCUCAAAUAGCCGAUGUGCCGGCCGGUCUUGAACCUCCAAAUGAAACUUUGAUUGAGUAUCCGAAUCUGUUUUCUAGUAAAACCUUGCUGGAGCUGUGUAGUUCGUCGUGGUCUCGUACUGCAAAUGCGAAACAAGAGGUGCAACCGUAUUUACGUGGAUGUAAAUGGUCGCCUGAUGGUACAUGUUGUUUAACAGUGGUUAAUAGUGACGGAGUUCAUCUCACAGAGCUCCCUAGGGACCUUUACACCGGGACUGUGAGUCCUGAGAGAACAAUCGAUGUGCUAGACUCUACUGUUCACGUGAAAGAGGCAGGCCUAGUGUACGAUUUCUGUUGGUAUCCUGGAAUGAACAGCUGCAUACCAGAAUCUUGUUGUUGGAUAACCACAAGGCAGAAUGCACCAGUGCAGAUGUGGGAUGCAUUUGAUGGCUCAUUGAGAUGUUCCUACCGAGGCUUCAAUGCAGUGGAUGAAAUGGAACCAGCCCUAUCUGUUACUUUUAAUACUGAAGGCACAAGAAUCAUUGCUGGUUAUAAGAAGGUGCUUCGUACAUUUGAUGUAGACAGGCCUGGAAGAGAUUUUGCAGAACACAAGAUAAACUCCCCUGCGUCAUGUUUUGCAACUGACAGAAACCUGCUGGCCAUGGGGUCAUGGAAUACAACCUUAACUCUUUAUAACAUGAAUGAAAUGGGAACCUAUAAGAGUAUUGGAAAGAUGCAUGGUCAUUCAGGUGGAGUUACACAUGUAAAAUUCACUCCAGAUGGCCUAAAAUUAGUAUCCGGUAGCAGAAAAGACCAUAGACUUCUAAUAUGGGAUAUUCGAUAUUAUAGGCGGCCUUUGAACAUUCUCACAAGGGUAGUGAAGACAAACCAAAGAAUAUACUUUGACAUAUCGCCAUGUGGUAAAUACUUGGUUACCGGAGGCACGGAUGGAGUGGCUAAAGUAUGGAAUGUUGAUGUGGUCAAUUGGAAGGAGAGUCUAGAUGUUGAAGAUGUAGAUAAGGAUAAUUCUACUUUUAGGUUUCCACUCCAUAGAGAUUGUUGCAACAGUAUAGCGAUACAUCCAUUGAGGCCGAUUUUAGCCACCGGUUCAGGACAAUAUCAUUUCUACGACCCAAUAUUAAAACUCGACGAUGGAGUAAAACAGGAAAAUGAUAGUAAUGUAACUCAAAAUGAUACAGAAAAUUUGAAUUUUAAUGGUGAUAUGAAAUAUUCAAGUGAUGCAGAAAACAGUUUAGUGUUUUGGUGGAUUGGGGACAUACAAGUACCUGGUGAAAUGACUUAGUUGUUAGAGUUAGUUCUGUAAUAUUAACAAUAAUGUAUGACAAUUGUAUGUGUUAUAUAGAUGGUAGAUGCUUUUGACGAUUCAAAAGUACUUGUAAAAUUUUAAUUGAAUAAAAAUAUUUUGAAUUUUGA